UCUUUUGUUUGUCUUCCAGUGCUCAUUUUGCUACUCGCCAUUUCGGCUGCUAACGCGAAGAGGCAUAAGAAACACAGAUCAUCCGCAUCCUCCAAUUCGCCAUCGAAUAAAACUAAAACCAAAACUAAGUGGUCCUCUUCAUCCGACCUGGGCCGCAGUGGUGGACAGCUCGCCACCGAGGAACACGGCUACUACGUCAAGCGCACCUUCUUGCCGCUCAACGACUCCGCCGCCAGUUACCCAAUCUCAACGCUGCGCAGUCCGCCCUACUUGGGCAUACCCAUUGCUUGGUAUGCUUGCGAAGGUGAGGCCUGCACGAAGGCAAACACAGCCGCCAUUAGUAGAAGCGCUAUCGCAUUACAGGAUGGCUUUCUCUGCGAUGACGAUUGCGUAGAGCCGUACGAUCCAAUCUGCGGUAAAACGCCUAGCGAGUUGGCAGUUUUCUAUAACAAAUGUAAAUUGAAUGUGGCUAAGUGUCGCACCCAUGGCCUCUGGUUGGAUGUGCCAUUCGAAGAAUGCAAGCAAACGAACCCUAAGGAAGUGGCAUAUGCGGCGCGCAAAUUCAAAAGAUCACCAUUCUUUAGGGAGACAAAGACGGUCAUUGAAAAAGUGAAGAAGCCAGAAGAUGGAAAAAGUAAGGAAGAUGAUUCUUCGGAGGAAGACGCAAUGUUGGAUGUUGCAUUGCAGACAUUAGACAAGAUUGGCGAUCAGAUAGCGGAAGCUGAAGCCGAGGCGUUGGAUGAGGCAUCGACGGCUGCACCAGUUAAAAGUGAAGUGAAUUCUCCCAUUGCUACGAAACCAGUUCAGGCGGCGGAAGACGUGUACGUUGGCAAGCCUGAAGAUGAGAGCAAUGCAAUUGCUACGCCAGCAAAGGAAAUUAGCGCAGCCGACAAGCUUGUGAAGGCUAACGAUGCUACAAAGGCGGAGGAGAAUAGUGUGCUCAAACCAGUUGAGAGUAAUCAGUCGAAGCCAGCUGGUGGUUCUAUUUUCCAGCAAGUUAGGAGUCACACGCACAGACUGGCUGUUAAGAAGUAAUUGCACGUAGGCAUAGUUAGGUGAUACAUACAUAUUUUUAAACAAUACAUAUACUUCUUUUAACGGGCUGAUAUAUUAGAAAAUAAAUAUUUAUCCUUUUAAAA